CUGUUCGACAGGAUCUUUGGGUGGUCCGGCCUGCCUGGAGCAGGAAGCGGUGAGCUAGCAACGAGCAGCGUUUUUGGGAGCCUUCACGAAUCACUCUGCGUUGUCAACAAACGUGAUCAAUGCCUCGGUGCUGUUAAAAGAUGGACAACCUAUACAGGCAAGAAUGUGCAGCUUUGAAGGACACAUUUUUGGACAGUUUUUGAGAGACUGAGGACUUUUGUUUCCAACUCCUUAUGGAAAAUAGUUUUGUGAGUGUUUGGAUAGUUUCUCUUCAUCUCACAUAAGUGAUGCCUUCAGCACAUGGACCACAUCAUUUCAUUAUGGAAAGGCAGAAAGCAUUGAAUAGUGUCUCUUCAACACAAUUCGGUGGAGAGCCAUGUACCUUCAUCUGCACAGAGUGUGGUGAUGGGUUUUCUCAUUACACGCAAGUGCUAGCCCACAUGGCCAUUCAUGGACCUUUGGAAUCGUUUUCCUUUGACGGCUCAUCCAACGGAUUUGAAGUCCCUCGCGAAUACGUGCUGCAGGAAAAUGGCACACUGGCAGUUGUAAACGGCUUUUCACUGUCGCAUUCCUCUGUGAAACCACCAUCUCCUGGAGUCCUGCCACAUUUCACACCCGUUGCCAAACCUUUGUCUCCUAAUCCAAGGCCACAGUCCAUUCCAGAGCCAAAUACCCAUAAGUCAUUGAACGUGAAUGGUCCAAAGGAAAAGCCUCCCCAGGUCGAUUACCGUUGUGAAAUAUGUAGUAGAUCGUUCAACAGCUUGCAUUCUUUACGUUGCCACUAUCAGUACAGAAAAGGAGAGCAAAGUUUCAGGUGUACUUUGUGCUGCAGGCUCUUUGAAGGUCGACAAGCGCUGGAGACGCACCUCCAAGAACAUGCAAGAGAACGGUUCUAUUCAUGUAGUCAUUGUGGAAAGCGAUUCAUUAAAGCAUAUGCUUUGGUUGCUCAUCAAAAAGAAAGUCGUCAUAUUGCCACUCCUGGAAAUUCAGAGAACAAUGAGGAAAACAAGUUUAACAAAACUUAUCCAUGUCGGAAAUGCAAGUUACAUUUCUUUUGGUUGUCAGAUUUUCAGACUCAUGCACAGCACCAUUGCAAAGGUAAAGCAUCUAAUGCUACAUUUGCAUCUGAAAUUGAGGUGAAGUCCAAAAACAAUAAUGACAGACUACUUGAAAACUGUUACAGUAAUGGCAACUUUACUGACCUUAAGGAUGGUCAUGAAAUGAGUGAUCAGAAUACAAGCUACAACAUUGACGCUACACACUCUUUCACACCAUACAGAUGUGGUUUAUGCGGGAAUCGUUUCCCAAAUUUAAUCACACUUAAAGAGCAUCAGCUCACACAUCAGAAUAAGGAAUUGUAUCAUCUGACUCCAGAAUUGAUCACCCCGAAGCAAAGAAUAACACUUAAAUCUCGACAUAGAAGGGCAAAAAGUAAAAAUGGAAAACGAUAUCCCUGUAAAGUUUGUCAGCGUGUCUUCAAUCAUUCAAGUAGUUUGUCGAGGCACAUGAGAUAUCAUAAGGGUACUAUGCACAAAUGUACAUUAUGCGGUAGGCAUUUCCCGCAGCGCUGUGAUCUAAUGAGGCAUCUAACUCUGAAACACAAAGCUGAAAUAGAAAAGAAAACAGGGUUGAAACACUUGCUAUUGCGACCAGAGAGUCAAAAUUCAGGCAAUAAACAGUCUGUAUCAGAAGUAGAUCAAGAGGGGAUGAAACCAAAGAAAACAGGCCGGGUCAAAUAUAAGUGUCAAGAAUGUGGGAAGAGAUUUGGGCUGGCAUAUGUUUACCAGCGCCACUUGCGCUAUCACAAAAGAUGUCACUAUAAGUGUCCCAUAUGUCCUGCGAAAUUUAUGACUGCUUCCUCACUUGAGGUUCACCUUAAGAAUCACCCAAGUGGUUGGGAAAAACCCAAUGUCGAACAAUCAUUUCAUGCCACUGACACAAAUGGGAAGUCUGUGAAGAGCCAUGCAGAUGAUAUUGAGGACAAUGACACAGUGGACCACACCCAAAAUGACAAAAGAAAUUCCAAUGUUGUCUAUGAAUGCACUGAGUGCACAGAGACAUUUUCAUGCUUGGAGCUGUUUCUUCAACACCAGACUUCUCAUGGCUUCGAAAAAAAUGGGUAACUAUGUUUGACCUGUCAUUGAUAUUGCCAAGAAUGGAGCUCUCAAGAGUUGAGCAUUUUCUUAUGUGUAAAUGAUAACAAUAUUGAAAGUACAUUUGCUGCAGUUCUAUUAGAAUUUCUAUACAGUUUUCUGUGGCGUAGGGACAGAAUCUCUUUCUGAAAAUUAGAAUAUUUUCAAAAGCUCUGAAGAAUACUAAACAGUUCUGCAGUUCUAGUACAACAUAUAAUGUUAAUUAGCUGAAAUUUGAUUGUGAACAUUUUCUCACAGUCUAACAUUGAAGUUUACCAGAAAAUUCCACUCAAUACCUGGAGAAAUAAGGAAUGUUACUUUCCAAGGUUUUGUCAAAGACAUACCACAUUUGUCACAAUUUGCAUUCAUUUUUAUAUUUUCUUCCUUGUAUCCAAUCUGUAAUGCAACAGGAUGGUUAUUCAUUGUGAUUUAAUUUUUUUAUUUUUUUUUUG